ACUACCUUGAGUAAUUAAUUGAUUUUAUUUUAGUUAAUAUUAUUAUGGCCACCACCGCCACGGAAACAGCUCCGGCGGCGGCUCCUCCGGAAGAAACUCCGGCAGCGGCGGCUCCGGAAGAAACUCCGGCGGCAGCGCUGCCGGAAACUGCAGACACAGCUGCAGCAGCCUCGACGGAAGCUUUGGAUGUAGAGAAGGCUGAAGAAACAACGGCUGAUGUGCCUACGGCGAACAAACUUUCCGAUGAACAUUUCUUUGCCAUCGCCGACAUUGUCUUGAGGUUUUUACUAUUUUCGGCAUCUUUGGUGGUCGUCGUGCUUUUGGCGACCGGAAAGCAGACCAAAGGCGUCCCGACUCCGGCCAAAUUUGAACACUCGCCGUCACUCAUAUACGUUGUAGCAGCAUUCUCGGUUGCAGGUCUCUACAGCAUUAUCACAUAUCUCCUCUCGCUUUAUGCCAUACUAAUAAAGCCAGGAUUUUGUCCAGAAAUUUUGUCUCAAUUCAUCAUAUUUGAUGUGAUACUGCUCGGAAUUGUAGCCGUAGCGACCGGAGCAAUAGGAACAAUCGGGUACCUAAGUCUUAAAGGAGAUUCCCAUGUCGGUUGGAAAAAGGUUUGUAGCGUUUACGAUAUCUUUUGCAAACAUGUCAGUGCUUCUGCCGGUGUGUCUGUAUUUGCAAGCGCCGUGGUUGCGGUAUUGGUGUUAUUCUCGAUUUUCGCCCUAUUGAAAAAGGUCCCUAAAUAGAGGGAUCAAUAUAAUGUGUCCCGAAGUAGAUGACCGAUCAAUCGAUCGAUCGAUCUCGGCGUAAACAUCAUUUCUUUGUUGAAUUUCUACGCUCAAAAUUGUUAUGUAUAGUGAAUUGUGUUUGUUUCACAAGUUUGUAAUUAAUUUUCAUGGGAAACAAUUUGUUUGUACGAUGUAAUUUGUGUAUAUUUGGUUGUGGAUUAUUUGUGUGUUUGUUUGAAUCUUGUAUAUAUGACUAUAUGUAUUGUCAAUUGUUGGU